AUGGCACCCGUAAUCCACUGCGUCAGGCACGCUCAGGGCUAUCACAACCUCUCCGUGGCUAAUCACAGUUUACCGGACCCAUCCCUGACUCCAUUCGGGGAAGAACAAUGCCAUAAAUUCGCCCAAGACUCCCCCUACUAUCAAUCAAUCGGUGCCAUAGUCGCCUCGCCCCUCCGUCGAACUAUCUACACCGCCUUGUACGGCUUCAAACCCCGGAUAGAGAAGGGCAUGUCCGUCAUCGCUCUCCCAGAAGUGUGCGACUGGGAAGGGGGCACCCUCCGCGAGUGCUGUUGA